UCUUGGGCGCUUCUCAUCUGGUCCCACCCCUGAGGGUCCUCCUUCCUACUGGCCUUUUCUAGAAUACAAAGACUAUCCUCCCUCCUACUGAAGGGAAGGGAGGGGGCAGGAGUUUCAGCCCCACCCUCAGGAAGAUGUGUCUUCCCCCUGCCCUGUGGUACUUCCUCUCCGGCUGACUUAGCUGACAGUAUCCAGACCUGGGUCCAGACCCCUGGCACCGAGACAGAUCUGGGGAUAGGCUACACCACUCUGCCCUGACCCUGGGAUUGGCGCCAGCUUCCAACCAGUACCCAGCAAAGCCAAUCCUUGCAAUGGCCACGAACACUACAUCUCCUGCAGGACCCUCCUCCCUAGGUGUCAUGGCUAUCACCCUACUGUCAGUGGCUCUGGCGGUGGGGGUCCCCGGCAACAGUUUUGUGGUGUGGAGCAUCCUGGUAAAGAUGCGAAAGCGCUCUGUCACCGCCCUGCUGGUGCUGAACUUGGCCCUGGCUGACCUGGCCGUCUUGCUCACUGCCCCCUUUUUCCUCCACUCCGUGGCCCGAGGCACCUGGAUUUUUGGAGUGGCUGGCUGCCGCCUGUUCCACUAUGUCUGCGGAGUCAGCAUGUACGCCAGCGUCCUGCUGAUCACGGCCAUGAGUCUGGACCGCUCGCUGGCGGUGGCCCGCCCCUUUGUGUCCCAGAAGCUGCGCACCAAGGCGGUUGCCAGGUGGUUGCUGGCAAUCAUCUGGGCGGCGUCAGUCCUCCUGGCCACGCCCGUCAUCGUAUACCGCACCGUGGUACAGGUCCAGAACAACAGGAGCCUGCUCUGCUUCCCGAAAUACGACACGGAAAGACACCGGGCCUUCCACCUGCUCUUCGAGGCCGUCACCGGCUUCCUGCUGCCUUUCCUGGCCGUGGUGGCCAGCUACUCCGACAUCGGGCGCCGGCUGCGGGCCCGGCGCUUCCGCCGCAGCCGCCGCACGGGCCGCCUGGUGGUGCUCAUCAUCCUGACCUUCGCGGCUUUCUGGCUGCCCUACCACAUGGUGAACCUGGCCGAGGCCGGCCGCGCGCUGGCGGGCAAGGCCGCGGGGACGGGGCCCGUGGGGCAGCGGCUGCACCUGGCCCGCAAUGUGCUCAUCGCGCUGGCCUUCCUGAGCAGCAGCGUGAACCCCGUGCUGUACGCGUGCGCCGGGGGCGGUCUGCUGCGCUUGGCCGGCGUGGGCUUCAUCGCCAAGCUGUUGGAAGGCACCGGCUCCGAGAUGUCCAGUACCCGACGCGGGGGCACCCUGGGCCAGACGGCGAGGGGCGCCCCCGCCCCCAGUGAGCCUGGCCCGGCUGAGAGCCUCACUGCCUCCACCAACCCUCUCGAGUGAAGCAGGCCCGGGGGAGGGGUGGUGGUGGAAGGACACUUGCUUUCCUCCUGGCGGAAUUCCCCACGCUGGCCUGACCCAAUUCUGCACCUCCAGGAGAAGGCGUGUCGGGGUGGAGCGGAAGAAGAGAGAGGGGAGGGGCAAGUAGGGGCAGAGUCAGCGCCUGGGCAGCUUUGCAAUUAAAACUGGUCUGAAAUUGGGUUAA